CUGCGGGGUUCCAUGGCAGUUGCAGGCGGCCAGGCCAUCGGUUGGGGGGUUGGAACGAGCCAGUCCUGCCCCGUCUCCGCUCUGGAGGUCCCAUGGUAGCAGAUCCGGGAGGAGGCCCCGCCGGGCUUUCACGGCCACCUGGCCCCGCACCCGGAGCGUCUGAGCCGGCGUGAGGAGCCCAGCCAGUGUCCGAGAUGCCGGACGCCGCCAGCCACCUGCCCUUCUUCUACGGCAGCAUCUCGCGGUCGGAGGCGGAGGAGUACCUCAAGCUGGCCGGCAUGGCCGACGGGCUCUUCCUGCUGCGCCAGUGCCUGCGCAGCCUGGGGGGCUACGUCCUGUCCAUGGUGCACAACCUGGAGUUCUACCACUACCCCAUCGAGCGCCAGCUGAACGGCACCUACGCCAUCGCGGGGGGCAAGGCGCACUGCGGGCCGGAGGAGCUCUGCGAGUUCUACUCCAAGGACGCCGACGGGCUGUGCUGCACCCUCCGUAAGCCCUGCAACCGGCCCAGCGGCGUGGAGCUGCAGCCCGGCAUCUUCGACAGCAUGCGGGACAACAUGGUGCGGGAGUACAUCCGGCAGACCUGGAAACUGGAGGGCGAUGCCCUCGAGCAGGCCAUCAUCAGCCAGGCCCCUCAGGUCGAGAAGCUCAUUGCCACCACCGCCCACGAGAAGAUGGCCUGGUAUCACGGCAACAUCUCCCGGGACGAGGCGGAGCGCAGGCUCUACACUGGAGCACAGCCUGAUGGGAAAUUCCUGCUGAGAGAGAGGAAGGAGACGGGCACCUACGCGCUGUCCCUGGUCUACGGGAAGACGGUGUAUCACUACCGCAUCGACCAGGACAAGUCCGGCAAGUACUCCAUCCCCGAGGGGACCAAGUUCGACACGCUGUGGCAGCUGGUGGAGUACCUGAAACUCAAGCCGGACGGGCUGAUCUACUUCCUGAAGGAAAGCUGCGUUAAUCCCAGCAUGCCGGCAGCUCUUGCGACGCCGACCCUGCCAGCGCACCCCUCUGUCAGCGCCCAGCGACGCCUGGGAGCGCUGAACGCAGACGGGUACACCCCGGAGCCCAUAGGGCGGGGGAAAUCGCGCAUCCUGCCCAUGGACACCAGCGUCUACGAGAGCCCCUACAGCGACCCGGAGGAGCUGAGGGACAAGAAGCUCUUCCUGAAGAGGGACCAUCUGAUGAUCGACGAGGUGGAGCUGGGCUCAGGGAACUUCGGCUGCGUCCGCAAAGGCGUCUACAAGAUGAGGAAGAAGCAGAUCGACGUGGCCAUCAAGGUGCUGAAGAGCAACAACGAGAAGGCGGUGAAGGACGAGAUGAUGAAGGAGGCGCAGAUCAUGCACCAGCUGGACAACCCCUACAUCGUCCGCAUGAUCGGGGUCUGCGAGGCAGAGUCGCUGAUGCUGGUCAUGGAGAUGGCCUCAGGCGGGCCCCUCCACAAGUUCUUGUCGUCCAAGAAAGACGAGAUCCCAGUGAGCAACGUUGUGGAGCUGAUGCACCAGGUGGCCAUCGGGAUGAAGUAUUUGGAGGAGAAAAACUUUGUCCACAGAGACCUGGCUGCCAGAAACGUCCUGCUGGUCAACCAGCAUUAUGCCAAGAUCAGCGACUUCGGCCUCUCCAAGGCUCUGGCUGCGGACGACAGCUAUUACAAGGCCAGGACGGCUGGGAAGUGGCCGCUGAACAAGUUCUCCAGCCGCAGUGACGUGUGGAGCUACGGCGUGACCAUGUGGGAGGCCUUCACCUACGGGCAGAAACCGUACAAGAAAAUGAAGGGCCCCGAGGUGAUCAGUUUCAUCGAGCAGGGGAAGCGCAUGGAGAACCCGGCCGGCUGCCCCGCAGAGAUGUACAAGCUGAUGCUGCAGUGUUGGACCUACAAGUGGGAAGAUCGCCCGGGCUUUGCGGCGGUGGAAAGCACCAUCCGCUCCUACUACUACAGCAUCUCGGCCAAGCCGGAGAAGGAGUCCGAGGAGACGGAGGACCAGGCCAAGGCAGCGGGCCCGUGAUCUUGCCCCGGCACGGGCGGCCUCCAGCCGCGGGCAGUCGGGACGGCGCUGGGGACGCAGGG